AUGAUCGAAGUCCCGCACUCGCUAACCCUUGGCGCUCGUGUUCCGAUGUGGCUGCCGGAGUUGAGCAAGAAAGCGAUGACAUACACAGCGGAAGAAGCCACAUUUACGACACAUACGGCUUUUAUUGACCUUUCAAAGGAGAACAAGGAUGCUGGCUUUGAAUUUAUAGUCGGUUCUGUUUACCACGGGUGGUCGGCAACACAUCGUUUGGGAAUAAGUACCCCAUUUCGAGGUGAUGCGUCAGAACGAUGUCGACCAAAGCACGUGCAUACAGCUUAUGGUCAUACAGCGGGAAGUUUGGCAGUGCAGUGGAUGACAAAGGAAUUUUGCGGAGAGGGAACGGCUCAGAUACAAAUGAUAGAAGGCUAUCAUGCCCGUAUUGAAACUGAAGGGCCGAAUAUGACACCAGUGGUGGCUUGGGCAAACUCGACGUUGUUCGAGGAUGAUGGUGAAAAACAGUCCAAGCGAUGGCUGCAUGUGGUGAGGCUAAAUGGUUUGAAAGUAGACACGCGAUAUACUUACGUCGUGGGCAAUGCUCACUACGCGUCAUGGUCCAUUCCAUAUGUCACUAAGACCGGUCCAGCGCCCUUUGUUCUUGGAGAAAAUCCGAAAGUGAUUCGAUUUCUGAUUACAGGAGACAUAGGCUACCAGAAUGCGGCUGCCUUGCCAAUGAUGCAGGCUGAGGUUGCAGAAGGAGUCGUAGAUGGCGUAGUGUCUGUCGGUGACUAUGCAUAUGAUUUAAACAUGAUGAACGGUCACGUCGGAGAUAUCUUUAUGCAAGAACUUGAACCAAUUGCAGCCAGUGUGCCUUUUAUGGUGUGUCCAGGAAACCACGAAAUGCACAAUAUGUUCAGCCACUAUUCGCAUCGCUUUAGACUCAUGCCAAAUAAUGAGAACGAAGGAUUGCAGACUGUGCAUGUUGGUGGACGCUCAAAAAAUGCAAAGCUUGAAGAAGUUCCAAACAAUUGGUUUUACUCUUUUGACGUUGGACUUGUACACUUUGCAAUUAUCUCGACUGAAAUUUAUUUCAAGAAAACAUUUGAUGUGGACGGAAACUUGAAGGUUCGGCAAGAAGCGUGGCUGGAAUCAGAUCUAGCGAAAGCCAAUAAAAAUCGUAAGCAGACACCUUGGCUUGUGGUGAUUGGACAUCGCCCGAUGUAUUGUACUUCGGACGACACUAAUUGCGGUGUUAAAGCUGCUUUUUUGCGAGACAAAUUUGAAGACAAAUUUUUCGUGCAUGGAGUCGAUUUGUAUUUAUGUGGUCACCAACACAACUACGAGCGAGCAUUCGAUGUAUAUAAGUCGCAGACUUGGAAACGAACUCGUAACAUGCGUGCUACCACGCACAUUUUGACUGGUGCGUCAGGGCAAUACUUGACGUCGAUCAUGCGAAAGUCUUUCGAGAAACCUUCCGCGAUUUGGGAUGCUUUCCGUAACUCUAUUUUUGGAUACUCUCGAAUGGAAAUUGUAAACGCCACGCAUCUGCACUGGCAGCAGAUAGAAGCUGAUCUGGAGAAUCCGGCAGCUCGAGGAAAAUUCGGACAAGUCGUCGACGAUGUGUGGUUAGUGCAAGAGAAACAUGGUGCUUUCGCAUCUGUUGAAGCAGCAGCAGAGACAACGUUGAGAUAG